AAAGAGGAAUUGUUGUUGUUCCGACUCAGAGUAGAAAUCUGAAAAAGGAAAAACAUGUCUGCUGCUGCUAUAUUGUGCGGGAAGAGAUCGAACUAUUUUUUUGAGGAUUUUCAGUCUUCGCCGUCGUCGUCUUCGCCGCCGGUUCCGAAAAGAAUUCGCUGUUUCUCUUCGUCUUUUUCUCCGGCGAGGUCGCAUUUUGAUUCCGAUCAUUCAUUUUCUGCUGUUAAUAUUUUCUCCGGUUCUUCGGUUUCGUCGUCGUCUGCACUCGAUCAUCUUCUCAUGCUCUUUCCUGAUAUGGACAAACAGUGGGUUGAGAGAGCACUUGAAGAAUGCGGUGAUGAUCUAGAUUCUGCUAUCAAAAGCCUAAAUGAGCUUCGCUUGGGAUCUGGUGAGAAUCCGAGGUCUGUGGCGGGAAGCUCCAAUGCUACCCAGGAUUCCAGCAGCCAGUUUUUUACUCAAGGUACAGCUACAACUAAUGGUGAGACCACACCUGCAGAGGAUUUAUCUUCUGCAAAAGUAGUGCAUAUGGACAGUACAGAAUGGGUGGAGCUCUUUGUCAGAGAGAUGAUGAGUGCGUCAAAUAUAGAUGAUGCUAAAGCCCGUGCCUCACGAGCUCUUGAGGUGUUGGAGAAGUCCAUAUGUGCCCGUGCAACAGAGGCAACAGCUUGCAAUUUCCAGCAGGAGAACAUAAUGCUGAAGCAACAGCUUGAAGCUCUUAUACAAGAGAAUGCUAUAUUAAAGCGAGCAGUUGCCAUCCAGCAUGAGCGUCAGAAGGAGUUCGAGGAUAGAGGGCACGAGUUGAAUCAGCUGAAGCAGUCGGUGGCUCAGUACCAGGAGCAGCUUAGAACCCUUGAGGUUAAUAACUAUGCUCUCUCAAUGCACCUCAAGCAGGCUCAACAAAGCAACUCUAUUCCUGGACGUUUCAAUCCUGAUGUCUUUUAGUAUGUAUCAUGUCCUUAUUGGCUGCAUAAUCUGUAGGAUAGCAUCAGUAAUGUCCUAUUAUCACAGUUGUAACAAGUGUCUUCUAGCGAUAAUAUUAAGCUAGAACUUAUGUUUAUUUGAUUAAGGUGCGCUGCUGCAGUUAUUAGCGAAAGGGUACUUGUAUCAUUUAUAGACAAAUUUUUAUUUGUUUUUCUCCAGUUAUUUCAAUUAGAAUCGAAGUUCAUACAUUUCCGGGCUUCUCCUAGUGAUAAAAAAGCUAUUUAACACAU